CUUCCGCUGGAGCUACCAAGCAGUUGGGCUGGGAUGAUUACUUCUCCCAGCGCCACGCUCUCUUCUUCGCUGUUUGGCGUUUCUAGAGGGGAUCGCUCGCGUCAAUUCCGUCUCUCUUCUGUAGCCUCCCGACUCUCGCCUUCCAAGCCACAACAUCUCUCCAAUAGCCGCCGGCAAUUUCUCCGGCGAUCCUCACCGGUCCUCAUGCCAUCCGGCUCCCUCCUUCGCCCACCGUUUCAACUCAACGACGAGUCCGAUUUCGAACAGAUCGUCUCCUCCGAUGGCCUCCUCUCCAUCUGCGGCUUCGGUUCUCUCCUCUCCGAGCGCAGUGCGAGAAGUACAUUUCCGGAUUUGAUCAACUUCAGACUUGCUAAACUGAACGGCUUUAGGCGCAUUUUUGCUCAUGCUGCUCCAAUUUUCUUUGAGCGUGGCAUCGCCAAUCCUGAUACAAAGGAAAUUUCCAGCUUAAGUGUUGAGCCUUGUGAUGGUGAACCCCUUGUUGUUACUGUCUUUGAAAUUCAAAAAUCAGGGAUACCUUCUUUUAUUGAGAGGGAGCAUGAGUUUCGGUUUUUAGCCGUCUUACCUGAAACACUGGAUGGAAAGCUGUAUAUUAGCCCUGCAGUGCUUUGCACACGGUUUAGCGAUGAGGAAUACUUUCAAAUCAGAUGCAAAGGUAGUCAAGAGAUCUUUUUUCAGCGAUACGGACGCUACAACAUCCACAAAAUUUGGCGAGAUGACAUCUUACCUUGCCGUGUUUAUCUUCGGCACUGUGUUUUAGCAGCAAAGAAUCUGGGUGAUGCAGCCUACAACAAUUUCCUGGAUCACACUUUCCUUGGGGACCGCGAAACGACCAUCCGUGAGUACUUGGCCGCAGCUGGUUCAGGCAUAAUGGAAGAGGAGCCUCCAGAACCACUCAAGGCCAGGUAUGGUGGUUGAUGGCAUUGAGGAGGAGCUUCUGAGCAAAGACCCAUCUGGUGGUGGACAGUAGCUAGUCCGCACAGUCAAUUGAGUGGUAAGCUGUGGAAGAAACUCUGCAUCCAUGUGAAACUCAAGAUUUCGAAAAGGUUAUCAGUGGGGAAGCUGGAAAAUCUGAAUAACAUUCUCCUGCGAUUCAUUUUUAAGGGGAACAAGUAAUUUCUCAUGUAGUGAGUCAGCUUAUUAGAUUUUAUCUAUUCCCAGCUAUGCAUUAGUUGUUUUCUUCAACUAGCAGCCGACAGGGAAUGCUUUGUCAUUUCUUGCUUGCAGUUGUAUCAAAAUUCUAUAAGCAAGCUACUACUCUUACUGGCUUCAUUUUGAAUCAACCAACAACAAUUCAAAAUAUCCAAUCCAAAUCCAAUGUUAUGGCGUCUGUUCAACUUA